AUGCAGAUGUCCAACCUUAAUGGUUAUGUAGGAUAUGACAAGGCAACUGCUGAGACCUUGGACUCAGACGGGUGGUUGAAGACAGGUGAUCACUCAGACGGGUGGUUGAAGAUGGGUGAUCUUUGUUUCUUUGAUGAUGAGGAGUUCCUCUACAUAGUUGACAGGUUAAAGGAAUUGAUCAAGUACAACAAGGCCUAUCAGGUUACACCAGCUGAGUUGGAACAUAUACUUCAAUCCCAUCCCGACAUUGCCGAUGCCGCUGUGAUUCCGUAUCCUGAUGAAAAAGCAGGGCAGACUCCCAUGGUCUAUGUAGUUAGAAAGCCUAGAAGCAAUAUCAAUGAGGCUGCAGUUAUGGAUUUUGUUGCAAAACAAGUUGCACCCUACAAGAAGAUUCGACAUGUAUCGUUUAUCAACUCGAUUCUGAAAUCUCCGGCAGGAAAGAUCUUGAGGAGGGAGCUCGUUAGCCAUGCUCUAUCUAGCCGUUCAUCUAAAUUAUGA